AGUGUGGUCUAGGUGUCGGUUGCCUUCCCUCUCUUCUCUCUCUCUCUCUCUCUCUCUCUCUCUCUCUCCUGUGUUUUGCUUUUUGGGUUUCGGCCAAAAUUCCCAUACGCUCCUCAUUUCUACGGCCAUUGUAGAUCACACUCCUCUUUAUCUCUCUGUCACUGCAUUGUGGGUGUCAUUCAUUUCCACUGUGUUUUCUCCUGAUUUGCUGAAUUUGUGGGUGGGUUUUGCAUUUGGGAUCUCUUACUUCAAUGUAAGUCUCCCGCUGUGUUUGCCAAAACUUGGGUAGAUCUCUGUCUCUAUCUGGGUUUGCUUCGGAUCUUGGAAAGAGGAGGUGGGGGAUGGUGGAUCUGAGUGAGAAAGGGUCAGAGUCGGAAGACAUGAACAACAAAAACCCAGAUGCUGUUUCGUCGGCUGAGAGCCAGGUUAACGAGCCGAAGAAGACCUGCGCUGAUUGUGGCACCACCAAAACCCCUCUCUGGAGAGGCGGUCCAGCUGGGCCUAAGUCUCUGUGCAAUGCAUGUGGUAUCAGAAGCAGGAAGAAGAGAAGAGCCUUCCUGGGGUUGAACAAAGGAUCAACAGAUGAUAGAAAAGCAAAGAGAAGCAGCAACCACUCCCAUAACAAUGGUGGCGGCAACGGGAACAAUAAAUUGGGGGACUCGCUGAAGAGGAGGCUCUUCGCAUUGGGAAGAGAGGUGUUGUUGCAGAGAUCAACAGUGGAGAAACAGAGGAGGAAGCUGGGAGAAGAAGAGCAAGCGGCCGUACUGUUAAUGGCUCUGUCUUACGGCUACGUCUAUGCUUAAAAUAUUAGCUGUAGUAGUAGAGAAGUACUAGAAGUGAACAAAUAGAAUCAAGAGCGCCACAAAGUGUACCUACCCACCAUUUCUUUUGAUGUCUCUUCCCUUUUUGUUUUUGUUUUUCAAUUUUUGGUCUGUUCUUUACACAGCUCUUUUUUAGUUUUAACUUUCUAACUGUUUUUGGGAUUUGGAGAGGAGAGGGUGAAGUUGAUGAAGAAGAAGAAAUUGUAAGAAUUUGAGAGUGAUCUGUUUUUUGCUAACAUAAUAUUUCAUGUUUGCUCUA